UUCAGGUAGAACCAACUUGGUAAAUGAAGACGAUGGCCCAGCGAGUCACCCGUCAGCGAUGCAGGGCAUUAAUAGUGCGGUACGGUCUCCCGUCCAUACGGAGAUAUCGCCCUUACAGAGAGCAGCUGAAACCUUGCUGGACCCUUCUAGACCACAAUCCAGCCCAGCUAAGGAAGGCAAAGGGUUAAAAGUUAUAGUUGGAUCCUCCAUAUCGUUUGCUGUCGUCAUUACUCUGGCUUUAAUUCUACAGAUUUACCUUGGUGCUCCUCAGGUCCCACCACAUGGAGUUGUAACGUCAGAUAACCCAGUGUGCUCUCAGAUUGGAGUGAACAUCAUGCAGAGAGGCGGAACAGCUGUGGACGCCGCCAUAGCCGCCAUGUUUUGUCUUGGUGUUGUACAUCCCCAUAAUUCGGGCCUAGGAGGAGGAGGCGUCAUGUUGGUACAUAGUCACAUGACCAUGAAGAGUGACGUCUUUAACUUCCUGUCGUCUGCUCCUUCAGCGGCCACAGGGGAUAUGCUCAACAACAAUCCCACCAAGGGUAAAUUUGUGGCUGUACCUGGAGAAUUAAAGGGACUCAGACAGGCUUAUGAUACAUUUGGAAGCCUGUCCUGGGCUGACUUGGUGAAACCUGCAGCGGAUUUGGCUAGAAAUGGUUUCAAAGUUUCUAAGGACUUGG